CUACAGCCGCUCCCCUCCCCCCUUAGUCUCGUCUCUCUCUGUUCUCACAAUACACACACACACAGCACGCAGGCGCCGGCGACACCGCCGUCGCCCCUGCGGCCUCGUCUCUUCCUCCACCGCCUGACACCCCCACAUCUCCCUCGACCUUUCUUUCUAUUCUCCUCUCGCAAAUCGACUUCCUCUCUCUCUUGGUUGUCACAACCGACGGCGCCCCUUGCGCCGUCCCUUCCUUGGCAACGGCGAUUGUCGCCGGUCACUAAUCAUCUGGUCUCCCUCAUCGCACAACACAAAGCUCGACUCUCACACAACGCACAAGACUCAACACACAUAAAAGCAGCUCUCUCUUCCUCUCUAGGCUCUGCUGCGACAAGGCCCCCGCCUCGCCGCUCGCAACAAGCGACAACGCCGCCCCUAAUUUCCCAAGCCCUAGAUUUCCAUCCAAAGUGUAGUAUGCGUUUCAGACAUUUUCACACUACCAUCUUACGCUCGUCGCGAAUUAAUGCAACGCCGCCGCGCCGGAAUACUAGCCACUUUUUCGAACCACCGCCCAGCAGGGAACGGGUGAGGCCCAGAAGCAACAGAUUUACGGACUCCGACAUAGUGAAAUACAACGUCGCUAUCACAAACUACUUGCGCAAUGGCCAAUGCGACGCCGCCUUGCGCCUCUUCAACUCCAUGCCUCGCAAAUCCACGGUCUCCUACAACACUAUGAUAUCCGGUUACUUGUCUAAUGGCGAAUUCAAACUUGCCCAACACCUGUUCGAUGAAAUGCCAGUUAAGGAUUUGAUCACUCGGAAUAUAAUGAUAAGUGGGAAUGUUAAGAACAAGAAUCUCGGAGCUGCACGCCGACUGUUCGACGAAAUGCCUGUGAGGGAUGUUGUUUCGUGGAACGCCAUGUUGUCCGGAUAUGCGCAGAACGGGUUCUUGGAUGAGGCCAGGAGGCUCUUUGACGCGACGCCAGAGAGGAAUGAGAUAUCAUGGAAUGCAAUUCUUGCGGCGUAUGUUCAAAAUGGGAAGAUUGAGGAGGCGAGGAGGUUGUUUGACAGUAAAGAGCGUUGGGCGCUGGUUUCUUGGAACUGUUUGAUGGGAGGCUACUUGAAGAAAAAGAGGUUGGUUGAAGCGAGGCAGGUUUUCAAACAUAUGCCUGUUAGAGACGAGGUUUCGUGGAAUACAAUGGUUACAUGUUAUGCACAGAAUGGGGAUAUGAAAGAAGCAAGGAAAUUGUUUCAAGAAUGUCCGAGCCGUGGUGUGUUCACAUGGACGGCAAUGGUGUCCGGUUACAUACAAAAUGGACAGUUGGAUGAAGCUAGGAGGGUUUUUGAUGAGAUGCCGGAGAAGGGUGUCGUGUCGUGGAAUGCAAUGAUUGCAGGGUAUGUGCAAAGCAAGAAUAUGGAUUUGGCGGGAAAGCUGUUUGAAGCAAUGCCAUGUAAGAAUAUUAGUUCUUGGAACACUAUGAUAACUGGUUAUGCUCAAAACAAUGCUAUUGCCAAAGCUAGGGAUUUAUUUGAUAGGAUGCCAUAUAGGGAUUGUAUCUCGUGGUCGGCAAUCAUAGCUGCGUACGUUCACAAUGGUGAUAGUGAGGAGGCAUUGCGGAUUUUCAUUGACGCGAUGAGGGAUGGAGAAAGGUUGAACCGGUCUGCAUUUGUUGGUGCUUUAACUACUUGUGCGGAUAUUGCUGCUUUUGAGCUUGGUAAGCAAAUACACGGGCGUGUUGCUAAAGCAGGAUUUGACUUUGGCUGUUAUGUUGGAAAUGCUCUUCUCUCCAUGUACUGUAGGUGUGGAAGCAUCAAUGAGGCGUAUGAAGUUUUUGAGAGAAUUGAGGAUAAGGAUGUGAUCUCUUGGAAUACAAUCAUUACUGGUUAUGCAAGACAUGGCUUUGGCCAAGAAGCUCUCCAGCAUUUCAAAUCAAUGAAACAAGCCUCUAUCCAACCUGAUGAAGUUACAAUGGUUGGUGUUCUGUCUGCUUGUAGUCAUACCGGCUUGGUAGACAACGGAAAACAUUAUUUCUAUUCCAUGAAUAAAGAUCACGGCAUAGUGCCAAAUCCAAAGCACUAUACCUGCCUGAUUGAUCUCCUAGGUCGAGCUGGGCGCCUUGAUGAAGCUCAAAAGGUAAUGAAAAAUAUGCCUUUUGAGGCGGAUGGAGCAACGUGGGGAGCUCUCCUAGGUGCUAGCAGGAUUCAUGGAAAUACAAAAUUGGGAGAAAAGGCUGCCGAAAUGAUCUUUGCUUUGGAACCGUGGAACUCUGGGAUGUAUGUUCUUCUCUCAAACUUAUAUGCAGCUUCGGGCAGAUGGGAAGAUGUUAAUAAGAUACGAUUAAGAAUGAUGAAUAGGAAUGUCAGAAAAACUCCGGGAUAUAGCUGGGUUGAAGUUCUAAACAAGAUUCACACGUUUUCUGUUGGAGACUGGACCCAUCCUGAUAGCGGAAGCAUCCAUGCAUUCUUGGAAGAGUUGGAUUUGCGGAUGAAAGAGGAGGGAUAUGUUUCGGCCACGAGACUAGUGCUGCAUGAUGUGGAGGAAGAAGAAAAGCAACUUAUGCUCAAGUAUCACAGUGAAAGAUUAGCUGUUGCUUAUGGGAUUAUGAAAACACCGAGUGGGAGACCUGUUUGCGUUUACAAGAACUUGCGCGUUUGUGAGGACUGCCACACCGCGAUUAAGCUCAUAGCCAAGAUCGUCGGGAGAUUGAUCAUCUUACGUGAUUCUAAUCGUUUUCAUCACUUCAAGGGAGGAUCAUGUAACUGUGGUGACUAUUGGUGAAUAACUUACAAGUUUCUUCACUUCUUCAGCUGUUGGUAAAUGUAGAAAAUAGAUUAUUCAAAAACAUUGCAAUUAUAAGAUCAAAUUUUUGCAAUUACAAUAUUUCUAAUCCUUUUAGCAA